GAAGAAUUCUACUCGAAAUUUAGUGUAGCUCAAAAACACCGGGGCAUUUUUCUUUGGUCGAAUAUCAAAAAAAUCCUGGCUUGGCCCGAAGAUUAUCCUAAUGGUUAGCGUUCGUACGAAUGGUUGAUGUUCCGUGAAAGAUGAGCUGCCCUAUACCAAAGAUACUAAUAUCGGUUGCCACUGUGUGCUUGGCUCUGGCUAUACGUUCAAAUGCGUAUAACAUCUCGGUAGCGGACGGCCUACACGACAGUUUCAAUUGCACACAAGCAACUUCUAUUUAUAUCAGCCACUCGACGUACGGUUGUCCAGCCCACGUGCCAUGCGCGGUCGAUCAGACAUGUUUCCUURCAGAAAAGGCUCUUAUUGCAAUGAGAGCUAUGUGCCAGAAUCAGCCAUCGUGCCGCCUCAGCCCAUCGCCCGAAGCAUUUGGUUUUAACAGUUCGAGUUGUGCGGUAUCUGGCCCAAACUAUCUAAAUGUUUCAUGGUAUUGUCAGAAUGAAACAUACAAAAUUCUUCAAGAAAAUGAGCUUCUGAAAAUGACCUGUGAAGGAAGCGACGUGGUGGUUCUUAACAACAUAUAUUGGAAAGGCUUCACGGUACCUACAGUGGAAAACGAGAAUAACCAGACAAACCUGAAUAACCAGACGAACCUGAAUAACCAGAAUAACCAGACAAACCUGAAUAACCAGACGAACCUGAAUAACCAGAAUAACCAGACAAACCUGAAUAACCAGACGAACCCGAAUAACCAGACGAACCUGAAUAACCAGACAAACCUGAAUAACCAGACAAACCUGAAUAACCAGACAAACCUGAAUAACAAAACAGGUUCUGUCAAUGGGUCAAUAAACAAUUCUUCAUCUGUCAACCAAAAUUCCUCAGCACUCAAUUUUAGUAUUCCACUACAAAGURUAGGGGUCUAUAGGUUUCAAACUCCCUGUAAUGGCAAGAGUACUUGUCCUCUGAAUGCCUCGACCAGUUUGCUGGGUGAUCCAUAUCCUGGCGUGCUUUCAAAAAAGACUCUAGAGYUUCAGUUCACUUGUCAGCCAGUCAACAGUGGUUAUCCAGAAUGGUCAAGCUGGGCGUCAUGUCCAGAGGCUUGUGGAGUGCCACAUUACUUGACACGAAAAAGAAGAUGUGUAAACAACGGUGCAGAUUGUUCUGGCCCACCUUCUGAGACCAAAAACGAACCUUGCUACAAAGACUGCAAAGCUAUCAACAUCACUGUAUGUGAGAAUGAAACUACGYAUCUAACCUGUCCUCCUGGGACAUUUAUCAAUUUCGAUCAAGUGUUCUUCGGAAGGAAAUCGGCAGAACCAUGCAAUAGUAUUAAUCAAAGCGUGUCUAUUUCUUGCACGACACCGGAAACGGAAGUCUACAACAAUAUUCGAGCCUAUGAGAGAUGCCAGAUGAGAAGCAAUUGCUCUUUGAAUGCCUUUUCAAGCAUUUUCAAGGAUCCUUGCCCUGGUUAUAGCAAGUACUUGAAUCUGGCUUAUACUUGCACACCAAUCGUCGAGAGAGUAUUUUACGACCACGACCACGCCAAGAUCACCUGUUAUGACAAAAGACGCCUUGUUCUGCAUGAACAAGUCACGUAUGGGUCGCCUGGCAACUGCUCUGACACAAAGGUUCCCUAUAUAAAUAGAAUCUGUGAGAAGAGCAAAUGUGAAGUACAACCAGUCAAUUCACAAAAGUUAUCAAUAAAAAACGAGCCUUGCAAAGGAAUCGAUAAAAGAAUAUCGUUUAAGUAUAGCUGUCAACCAGAUCAAGCAAUAUAUACCAUGUGGACAUCGUGGAGUGAAUGUGAAGCAUGUGGAAUGCACGCAAGAAAGUCAAGAAACCGGAAACUAAACAAUGAAAAUCAGUUGCUUUACAGUGAAUGGCAUGGUGGCGUUAGCCAUGUACAAGAUCACGAAACGUGCUACAUUCCUUGUCAAGGUACAGUCUGUUAA